CACUCGUCCGUGUACCGUGUGAGCUUACGGAGUACAUACACACGGACGACCACGUACUUAAUUAUACUGUAGUAAUCUGCUAGCCUACACUACUGGCAGCACACAGACGAACUAGCGCAAUAUACGUAAAUAUUGUAAACACUUAGCUGUAGAUUAAAUAACAGAACCAGUAGUAGUAACUAUGGAGUUUUCAGGCCUAGCCAAAGAAGUACGCGAGUGCGAGGGCAUUGAGCAGUUUGAUCUGGGAGGUUACAACCAGGCUAAGCUCGACAAGCUCAUCAAGGAUUGUUUCUCUACACCAAUCAGAAACAAGGGAUGCUGUGCCACCUUCUGUAUCGGUGGCGGCAAAGCGACGAGACAGAAGUACGAUCCCAUGCUGCAGAAGUACAUCACAGCAUCACUUAUCAGUGUGGGCUAUGAGGAGGACCGGGGAGCCUCUAAGGAGACACCUGGCAAGUUCAAACACCAACACGACACCGGAAAGAAUUUGAUAUUCAUGCAUGUGUUCCCCCAUGGAGAAAAAGACCCUGGGGGCAGCAAUGACGCUGAUGAGGAAUCCGAGGAGGAGGAUCCAUUGGCGCGAGACCCCGAUGAGUUAGUGCAAGUGCUCUCACUCGACGAUUUCAAGAUGUUUGCUGCAAAGAAAGGUACACGUGCUCACUACUCAUACAUGUCUAACAUGCUCACGACGUAUGCCUGUGGCUGUUCCUAA